GUUACUAUACGUACGUGUUUUGUUUCUUGUUCUGCUUUCUAGAGUCACUACUGUUUUCUACUGCUUGGUGCUUGCUGAAAUCUGAACUACCAAACGUAAAUCUUUAUUUUCCUCCCUAAAGAAACGGCCCAUUUACCGUGCUGGUUCUGCCGAGCCUGGAGACACGAUUGACGCUGCUAUGUUUACGCCAAGGGUGUGACUAAUGCUUAUUUAAUUUAACUGGGUUUCAUUGAAACUUGGUACAUCAACAUACUAAUAACUCCAUGAAUUUUGUGUAUUUUAACAUACUAGAACAUGGAUAGCAAUUUUCAUGGCUCAGGAUUUGGACCUGGUCCGCAAUCGGGCCCUAUAACAAUAGCACAUGUUGUACCACGGGUUCCAUCAACUCUAUCGGUCAGUGGAGUAGAUAUUGGAGUUUUGUCAAAUUCAUCAGCCCAUGCUCUGUCUACUCUUACACUCACCCCUGGCCGAACUCGAGACAUAGAUCAGGACAUGGAAGCACUUCGCAUAUCAAGACAAGACAAUCCCUUUCUUCAGCAAGUACUUGCCAGUCGGGAAAGUUUAGCUGACAGCUUAGAGGAAUCAGAGUCUGAUGAUAUAAAUCUUAUGAACCAGGAUUUUCCAUCUGAAUUAGAUCCUGAUCCAUUUACUCUGCCAGAAAUUCAUGAACAUAUGAUAAGGUCGCCACCUCCUACAUCUUGGCCGAGGUCUCCGAACUUCAAAGCAUUUCGCUUCCCUGGUAGUGAUGAUGAAACAAGUCAGGAUCACAUUUCUUCAAGGAGAUCCCCUAGCAGGAUUGCAUCACCUAGGCAACCUAGGGGAGCAUUAGUAUUAGAAGAAAUGGCUCGUGAACUGUUGCGUAGUCCAGCUUCUCAAGAUCGCAUGGGGAGUGGAAGUAGUGGAUUUUCCCUUCUGAGCCCUGCUCCCAUGCGCUCUUUGUCAGAUGUUCGUCGGCUGCAUACCAAAAGUGGGGAUGAUAAUGAAAGGCUAGUUACACCAGAGGCUGAAGGAAACAUCUGUGUUAAUUAAGUCUGCCAAGUUUGAUUCCGUACCUUUUUAUGUAUGAAAUAGAAGUACAGAAAUAUCUUACUUCAGACUGUAUUACUUGUUUAGAAAUGGAAAGCAGCAUGCUUGGUAUCAUCCAUCAGUCAUUGGGGGGUGCAUGCGUUAUGAAUAGAAUAACAGUCUAAUAUGCUCAAUUUGCAAGAACUAUUUCUGGUGUUAUAGAAUAAUCAUGUGCAUUUCAGAUGGAAAACCUACUGCGCAUUAUGAGUGUGUGCUAAUCCAAAGCUAGCAUUAAAUAUUCUUUAAAAUGUUCUUAAAUCUUUGAUCUGCCUUAGAAUGUAAGUUUAAUUAGAGACACUAAGGCUUUAAGCCACUAAAAUUGCAGGUCAAAACAUGUGAAUAUUUUCCAGUUUUUAUUAUUGUUGUUAUUGAUUUUUGACCAUUGUGUGAUACACAAUCUAGUCAUAUGCACUCAUUACUUUUGCGUUUUUUGGUUCUGAUUUAAAAAAAAAUUGUAAUUGUUUCUAAAAAAUAAUGCUGAAGUUCAAUUUGGUGGGAUGCAAAUGCUCACCCAAGCAAACAUUUGUGCUCAUCCAGUUUAACCGUCUUUAUCAUACUCCAUUGACGAUCUAAUCCAUUGUCUGCAUUCCUAUUUAUUUUCUGUCUUUCUCUCCCUCCCCCUCUCUCUUUCUAUAGAGUAAAUCAAGGCUAACGAUAACCACCGUACUUUGCUCACCUUCUCUUUUCAGUAUUUUACCAGUAACACUGUUAUUCUUAGUGUGUGAUUUUAUUAAUUUUGAUUUAUAUGAGUUCUUUCCAUUGAUCUUGAUAUUUCACACAAAAUCUUCAUUUGUUGACUCAUUUUGUUACUGAUUGCACAAGUAUUUGCAUUUACUAUGAGAUUUUCCACUUGGUAGGCCAAUUUAGAGCUGUGCCUUCUUUCUAUCCUUGAACCAUUUGUUUCCUUCAUAAUUGCUAUGAGUACUGUGAGCAUUUGCCAUUUUACCAACUGUACACAAAGUAAAUUUUUCCCUUUCUCUUAAAAGCAGCUUUUACAUGCUAUCUGUACUUUUUAUUUCAAAGCUACAGAAACCAAUAGAGUUAGUGUUACACUUAAGUGUUACAGUCUCUAGUCAUCUAUGUGAAAAGCUGAGCUGAAGUUAUGAUAUGCAGGUUUUUUAUUAAUUAGUUGAUGGACUUUUGUUUGUGAUAUUUAUACUUAGUUCAAUUUUGCAGAAUAUGAAUGUAAGUGUGUUAUUUGUGUGAUGUACAUUGCAGUUUCUAGCAAUUCUGCUUCUGUAUCUUGCCUAUUUGCUGUGAUAGAUGUAUUUGCUCUAUGAAACAAUCUUGUAUGUAACUCUCUAUCUUCGCUAACAAUGCAUUCAACAUUUAAGUGUUCAAGAAGUACAAACAAGAUUGUUUCAAUCUCUUUUCCCUCAUCUGCUUUCAAAAUUCUAUCC